CCGAGCCGCAGAACAGAAGAUCUAGACUACAGACAACAGUCUCACUGACCGUGGACGUCCUGACAAAGAUCCCAAGUUCACCAGAGCAUUUGAAGAUGAAGGUGACCUUGUCUGUCCUUUUCCUGGCUUGUGUGGUGCUUGCCGCGGCCAUCCCCGCCCCACGUGAGGAGGGUCUGCAAGGCCUGCUGACCGAGAUAAAAGACAUGGUGGCAGGGAUAGAAGAACAACUGGACAUGGAGAUGGGGAAACGAGACCAGGCUGACGAAGAUGAGGACCUGGAGGCUGAGGCAGAAGACCUGCAGGAGAUGGAGAUGGAGAAGCGAGGGCGGGCAGAAUGGCUUACCUGCUACAGCAAGUGCCAGAAACAGCAUAGUCCUAUGAAUAAGGUAAUGGAGUGCGUCAACCAGAAAUGCCAACCUCUGCUAAAGACGUAGAGAAACUGGAGAAUGAGGCAGAAGGCAUUGGAUAGUUUCAUUGGGUUGAUACAUAAAUAGAUGAUGCCGGGCUUUGAUACACAACCAAAAGCCCACGUUCUCACAGUCCUGUACUGCGUCAAUAAUGAAAUUAGGGGCCAAUAAGGCAAUUGAUUGUUUGAAUGACAUUCGCGCGAUCAAUAUUCACCUGUUUCCAUAAAUGAAAUAUAAUAUUUUUACCCUGCUUAAAAUCGUACUGAGCAGCUGUAAAAGGAUCAAAUACAUGUUGUGAAUUAAAUGAAAAAAAGAAAUAUCGGGAAACAUAUACUAAUGUCAACGUCAAUUUCAAUGUCAAAGAAGUAGACUAAAAAUCGAUAUAAUUGUUCGGUAUUCAAUACUGUAGAUGUUUGCCAUUUUUUAACUUUACAGACCACUUACAUAUUAUAAUGGAGGCAACUUUUGCUUUGGCCAUACUUUUUAUUGGCACGCUCUCAUCAGUUUGGGGAUUCCCAGAGGAUACCAUCCAUAUAAUCAAAUCAAAAUGGCCUAAUGUCAAACCUUGCAGUGGGAAGAACACCCUGCUAUCAUAACCCUAAGUUUGGUAGCAGCAUUACUAAAAUGUUAGCAAUCACAUUUUUCUUGGUUGUGUGAAACACCUUAUGAUAAUACAAACACAGCUAUUGCCAGACCCAUGUCUUUAUCUGUCGACAAAAACAAAUGGCACGGGUUUCUGCCAUAACCAACCGAAGAAAUAUCAUAAAUGAAACAAAAGCCCUGAAACUGCCAAUGAUAUCUGUCGACAUCUGAUUCAUCGAAUUUUGUUACUAAUAUCAGCAGGAGAUUUGGGUGGAGAUAAUAAUUUAGAUCAACAUUUGAUAAAGUUUGAUAAGAAUACACAGACGUGGUGAAAAUAUUGGUGAAUGUUUCAAUAUGAAAGGUUAAUAAAACUGGCUACUUGUUUAAAACGUUCGGUGAAUGUUUGAAUAUGAAAUAAUAAUAAAACUGGUGACUUGUUUGAAA